GGUCUAGAUUUAGUUAUAGUAACAAGGUUUUUGAAGUAGUGUAUUAUAUAUACCUGAUAUGUACUAACUCGAUUUUUGAAACAUUGUUUCAUGGGUGUUGCUAUAUCAACGUCUCUUUUUGUUAAAUCUAUAUUCUCUUUUUUUUGUUUGUAAAAAAUGGACAAAUUAUACUUAAAAUAUAAGAAAAGACAACAAGUGAAUUACUCCGUAACUUAAAGGCAUCCUCCUGAAGCUUCUCCAGUCGAUGAACACCACCGCCAGAGUCACCGGCGACCACCGCUCGCCGCUCCUCCAGGUGAUCGGAAUCGUGCCGGCGCUGGCCACUUCCGAUUCCCUGUGGACGCAUCACGGAUUCUACGUCCAACUCUCCGACUCGCAGAAUUCCACCUACGUCUCCCUGUCUGAUCGGGACACGGAUCUCAUUCUCAACAAUCGUCUCCAGUUAGGUCAGUUUGUUCAUGUUGACCGCUUCGUCUUUGAUUCCCCUCCUGUCCCCCGCGCCGUCAAUAUUCGCCCCAUUGCCGGCCGGCGCUCCUCUGUUGGGUCUCCCGAGCCUCUGGUUGCUCGGAUUUCUCCGAAGAAUGGGGGGUUUGUUAUCCAGCCUGUGUCGGAUUCCGAUCCGAUUGCUGCUUGUUUCCCGAGAAUUGGAAGAGGUGAGAAUGAAAUUAAGGGGAUCGGAAAGGACGAGGACAAAAUUGGUGGUAGAAAAGUGUUUUCCGGGAAGGAGAAUGUAGAUGUGGAUGAUGUCUCGAAUAAAACUUCGUCGGAGAAGUCUACUCCGGCUCAGGCGGCUCCUCAUAGGUUUUCGUCUCCCGGAUCUGUGAGACAGAGGUCAAUAUCGUCCGGGAAGAAAACUGCAGUCGUCGAGAGAGAUCCGUCUCCGGCCGGAAAAGUUAAGAGGUCAGCUUCGCCGGUGCCCUCUAAGUGUGUAGUGCCCAGCCUCGUGGCGGCCAAGGAGGAGAAUCGCCGGACGUCGAGGGAGGCCGCCAUAAUAGUGCCGUCACGGUACCGGCAGCCAUCACCAACGACGGGGAGGAGGCAGGCGAGUCCGGUGGUCUCUAGAAGGAUGUCUCUUUCGCCUGGGCGGAGGUUAUCCGGUGGUCUAAAGGAUCCUUCCGGGAAAAAGAAAAUUACAGCCAUUGCUGCCGGAAUUUCCAAGGUUUCCGAGGCAAUAGUUGGAUCCACCAAAUCCACUAGAAAGAGCUGGGAUGAUGGUCCGGCAGUCUCAGGCGGAUCGUCCGAUCACAAGUCCACCAGGACCAAGCCCGAUUUGCAGGCUAUUCUCAGAACUCAGGCUGCCAUCUCCAGGCGUUUAAGUGAUGCAAGUGUAUCUCAAGAUGACGGUUUAAGCGAUGAAAAAACUAAAUUUGCUGAAAGUUUUCAAGAAUCAGAGAAGAUUAAUGUGAGUCCGGUUAUACCGAUUCAUGAGAAGAAAUGGACUGAUGGAAGUGUUCCCCUGGACUCGCUCACUUCAGACCUUGCAAGACUUGGAAAGGAAGCUAUUCAAAGGAGAGUUUUUGCUGCAAAGGCUGCGGCUGAUGCUUUAGAAGAGGCUCUUGCCACUGAGUCCAUUGUUAGGGGUUUGAGCAUGUUUUCUGAUCUCUGUUCAAGCUCAAAGAAGCCCGGAAGUCCUUUGCCUACAAUCGACCGUUUUUUGUCACUCUAUGAAGAUGUUAUGAAAUCAAGCUCAGUUGUUGAGUCAGUCACCAUUGCCCACACUCCAUCAAAACCUCAUGAAAACAACUCAGCUGAUCAGUCCAAUAACAAACCAUCCUCUCUUUGGGUUGAAGCUGCACUAGCAACUGAUCUUGAAGUAGUCUCCCUCUUAACAAACCACAACUUUGAACUUCGCCCAUCAUCCCCACUCGACAAAAGUGCAUCCAAGAAACAUACCAAGCCAUCAUCCAACAAACCACCUUCUCGUACAGUGUCUUCUUCUUCUUCUUCUUCUUCAGUUUGGAAACGGGGCGAGGGAAUGAAUGAGACUCUGGAACUAGCUAAGAAGUUGCAGUCGGAGAUGGAGCUAUGGUUCCUCGGGUUCGUCAAGGACUCGCUGGAAGUUGGGUUUCAGGUGUUCCAGAAAUGCCCUUCCCAAUCAGCUGGCAGUACUGAUGGAGGCCUCAAGUGUGGCCCGAUUGCAGCCAUUCUUUCACAGCUGAAGAGAGUUAACGUGUGGUUGGACCGCAUUUCCAAGAAAGAUGAGGCGUUGGUGGAGAAGAUCGAGAGCUUGAAGAUGAAGAUAUAUGGAUUUGUUAUCCAGAAUGUUGGAACUACAGGGGUAGAAAAUUCAGCAUCAUCUUAAGUUGGUCUUUGUGAGUUACCUUACUUUCCAAUUUCAAUUGUCUUCUCUUGCCUUAAAAAAGAAGCUGCAUAGUAGUAAUGUGUUCUCUAUUACUACAAUAUGCACUUUUAAGCUAUUUAUUUAACAUUAUUAGGUUCUUUUUUUUAUACAUAUAUAACCAGGAGGCUGUACAAAUCUUCAUUAUUCUUUGCAAACUUGGUUUUCUGUUGAUGUCUGAUGUGGUUUGGAAGAGCAAUCAUUUAUCGCUCUUAUGGUUUUCAUUUUUGUUAAGCAAAAAAGACUAAAGAAGGAGUAAAACAUUGAAAAUAUACCAAAAUAAGAGUUCUAUGUUUUU